CCCUCCCCACAACCUUUGACCUUGUCUCCCUGGUGUAUAUAUAUAGCCUUCCUACAUGUAACAGUCCCCCUGGCAGCCGAGAUGAAGGGCUUGCUCGUAAUCUGCUGCUCUGUCCCCCUGCUCUUCCUGGCCACCGCCGAGUCGACGGGGGAGCCAAUAGGUCACCCUGGCACAGAAGAUGAGCCGCUGAUGCGAUUGCAGCUUCAGCAGCCCGAUAGUGAGGGGCUCUUUGCGUGCGCUUGUGACCACAGGGGCGUCAGCUCUGACCCAGGGGAGGACCGUUCUAAAAGCUCCUCCAAUGACACACCUGCCCCAGAGAGGGCCAUCUGCCAGUCCUGUGCGAAUGAAGAUUCCCCAGAAUCCCAAGCUGAGAGAUCCACUGAGGAGGAAGAGGAGGAAGAGGAGAAAUAUGAAGGGGAAGACCAGAAUAAUGUCUCAGAUGAGUCUGUUCCGACCUCGAUGGAGGUUGUUGAAGAAGACAGUGUAGAGAAGGAAGAAGAUGCUACUGAAGAUGUUUCUGAAAACCACUCUACAACAGAACACCAAACAUCUGAAGAACUUGUCACGGCACCAGGAGACACCGCAGAAUUACCAGAGAAAGCGGAAUAUGCUGAGCCUUCCGAAGAGGAUGCACAGGGGGACAUAACUGCUGAUGAUGUCCACAAGAACACAUUCAAAUCAGAGCCGGUAUCGGUAUCUGAAGAAGACGUAGAGAUUCCUGAAACAAGAGCAGGGGUUAAGGGGGUCGAGAAUGCAGAAGAUUCUAAGGGAGAGGAAAACAAUGGUGUGCUGGCAUCUGCAGAAGAUGAACAACAGGAAGAAGAGACCAAAGGAACCGAUGUGGAAGAAACCAUUGAUCCACCCAUUGAGCUGACAGAGAAUCAGUAUGAGCAGGGCCAGAAUAACGCAGAGGUAGAUGAAGAGGAUCUGAAGUCCCUCAAGCCUGACAUAUCCACAAAUCAAGAGGAGCAGAAAGAGGCAGCACAGCUUGUAGAACCUAGAGAAACUGUGGAAAUGGAAGACCCCAUGGACACUGAUGAAUCUAUUGGAGAAGACAUGGAUUCUAUAUUUGAAUCUCAGGAACAGGCAGCUGUCACUGGAGACCAAACAACCAAAGAAGGGCAAGAGGAAGAUACUGAGGAGAAUGAAGAGGUGGGAGACGCUACUGGACAGCCCUAUUCUCAGAUGGCUGAUGGGGCCGCGGAACACAUCCAAGACUUAAACGGAGAAGAUGAAGAGGAACCUACCAAAGACACCAGCUCUAACGUGUCUGAGGAGGUGAACAGUCAGGAUUCUGAGGGUGACAAAGCAAACGUUGAGGUGGAAACUGACCCAAAUGUUCAGCACAGGAAAGAACAAGAGGAAGACCAUGAAUACCAUGUGGAUUCUGUUGUGAUGGGUGAAGCAGCUACAGGGGAAUGGGAUCCAGAGGGGGAGAGUGUUGAAGAGGACAGUGUUGCUGAGGAACCAUCUGAGAACAGCCACACGGGGUCUCUGAAAGAGGAAGAGGGCAAAAUGCUGGUCUCUCUUCUGCGGGACAGAUCACAUAUCGAGGAUACCCUACAGGCUGCUGCUGAUCAGCCCAAUGACAAGUAUGAAGCUGGCCUCAAGAAGCUACGGAAUAUCUACCAAACGUUGAUCAAGCCCCUGGAGAAGGCGUACAAGUACAAUGAGCUGCGGCAGCAUGAAAUCUCAGAUGCGGAGAUUUCCUCCAAACCAAUGGUGCUGUUUCUGGGACCCUGGAGUGUUGGCAAGUCUUCCAUGAUUAACUACCUAUUGGGGCUGCAGGAUACCCCGCAGGAGCUCUACACAGGUGCUGAGCCCACUACUUCUGAAUUCACUGUCAUCAUGCAUGGUGAGAAGACUCGCACCAUCGAAGGCAUUGUGAUGGCAGCUGACAGCUCCCGAUCUUUCUCGUCGCUGGAGAAGUUUGGCCAGAACUUUCUGGAGAAACUAGUUGGCAUUGAGAUGCCCCAGAAACUACUGGAACGAGUCACCAUAGUGGACACACCUGGGAUUAUUGAGAACCGCAAGCAACAGGAGAGAGGCUACCCUUUCAAUGACGUCUGCCAGUGGUUCAUUGACCGGGCCGACUUGAUUUUCUUGGUGUUCGACCCCACUAAACUGGACGUAGGCGGCGAGCUUGAGAUGAUGUUCAGGCAAAUGAAAGGUCGUGAGUCCCAAAUUCGCAUCAUUCUCAACAAGGCUGACAGCAUGGCCCCUCAGGACCUUAUGCGUGUGUACGGCGCCCUCUUCUGGAGUCUGGCCCCACUCAUCAAUGUGACAGAGCCCCCCCGUGUCUAUGUCAGCUCCUUCUGGCCCUACCAGUAUGCCCCUGACACCAGCUGGGAACUCUUCAAGCGUGAGGAGAUCUCCCUUUUGGAAGACCUCAAUCAGGUGAUUGAGAACCGACUGGAGAACAAGAUCGCUCUCAUCCGCCAACACGGCAUACGUGUUCGUGUCCAUGCGUUACUGGUGGACAGGUACGUGCAAACGUUCUAUGAGAAGACUGGCUACUUUGGUGACCCCGAGUUGGUGUUCAAGGAGAUUGUGGAUGACCCCGACCGCUUCUACAUCUUUAAGUCCAUCCUGGCCAAGACCAACGUCAGCAGGUUCGACCUGCCAGACCCUGAGGCCUACCGAGACUUUUUUGGCGUCAAUCCCAUCAACAGCUUCAAACCGCUCUCGGCCCAUUGCCCCUUUUGGGGACGCUGCUUGUUGAAUAAGAUUGAGGCAGCCAUUACGGAGGAUCUGCCGGGCCUACUGAGCGGUAUGACGGCUGGAAGGAACCCGAGCCUCUCCUGUGAAGACACGGGCUGCAAGGAAGAACCAAAGAACCGUUACCGCAGACACUGAAGGGGGAAAUGAGCAAACAGACAGAGAGAGUGGUCCUUACCGAUAGAGUAAGGGAUACAGAAGAGGACAGUGUCAUAGACAGCCAUAUAACACACCCAUUCACUCGCCUUUCUCCAGCACGGUCCAAUAGAAACUACAGGAAGAAUGGAAAUGUGUGAGGAAAAUGGCAGCAAGUACAUUUGUAAAACACCGUGUUUUAGUUCAUUUGAAAGUAGACAAUCGGUACUUUUUCCAGUUUUUUUUGCUUGUAGUUUUUAUAUAUUUCAGUUUCCUUCCUAACCAUGGAGGAGGUCAGCAGUUCUGAGUCCUAUGCUUGGUAUUUUAUUUAUUGCAGUAUUUUUUGUUUGUGACUAAGUUUGUCGGCCAUGUUUAUUUCGAAAACAAGACACACUAUCUCAUGAAGUUUAUUGGCCAACUGUGUAAACUUGUCUCUGUAUAUCAGGCAAAAGGAGAUUAAAGUCACUGUUGAGUCCUAAA